UAUCAGGAGAUGCAUUUAAUUUUGCUUAAGCUUCAAAGGAUAAAUAUUAGAAAAUGAAAAAUAACUUCGAAAUUGAUGAACUAAUGGCAAUAUUGUUGUUGGAACUUAAUUAAUUAUGGCAAUAUCGAGAAAAAAUAAUAUGCUGUUUUUAGCAAAGCAUUGCAAAAGGAGGAUUUAAGAGAUUCAAAGAGCUAAUUAAUAAAAACCUCUAACAAAAAGAGAGAUGUUACAGAAUAUAAAGAGAUUGA